CACUGAAGUCACUUUGGUUUUGUUUUUAGUUUGUGCAUGAGCUUUAAGUAUGUCUGAAUCCCCAGCGGUCACAACAUUGUGUGAGAAUUCAAACGAGGAGUUUCUUGACGCCUCAAAGUUGUUACUCACAUACGCCGACAACAUUUUAAGGUAUCCGAAUGAGGAAAAGUACAAAUCGAUCCGCAUAGGCAAUCCUACUUUCUCCACCAAGCUGCUGCCCAUCAAAGGUGCUGUGGAGUGCCUCUUCGAGAUGGGAUUUGAAGAGGCUGAGACACACCUGGUGUUCCCAAAGUCUGCAUCAGUGGAUCAACUGAAGCUCAUCAGGGAAUCCAUAGCGAAGGAGAGGGAUCAGAGGCUGCAGCCUGUGCAACCCUCUGCUCAGCCUGCUGCGGCCUCUCCCUCGGCUUCGACGCCGGACAGCUCUGCCUCAGCAUUAAGCCAGCCAGUCGUAGCACCUGCAGCACAGCCAUCAUCCUUGGAGAGCAGUAUGAGCUUCUUAGUGACUCUCCAGGCAAACUUCCAGCAUGUGAUGCUGUAUGAAAACCCAGAGCUGCAGCAGAAAGCCAGGAGCCACAUCCCUCACCAACAAAUGUCCUCUAAUGCUGAACAAAGGCUGAAGGAAGCCAAGGACGCUGAUUCAGAAUGUAAACUCGGAAUAGAGGACUUUCUGGCGCUGGAGUUGCUCAGCUGGUUCAAAAAGGACUUCUUCUCCUGGGUGGACUCUCUGCCCUGCAGCCGCUGCGGAGGCCAGACGCAGAACUCCAGCUCGCUCAGUCCCACUGCAGAUGACCUCCGAUGGGGGGCCCAGCGAGUGGAGAACCACUACUGUCAGAGCUGCCAGCUCUCUACCAGAUUCCCCAGGUACAACAAUCCAGAAAAGCUGCUUGAAACCAGGAGGGGGCGCUGUGGAGAGUGGGCUAACUGUUUCACAUUGUGCUGCCGAGCCAUGGGCCUGGAGGCCAGAUACAUCUGGGACAGCACAGACCACGUGUGGACGGAGAUUUACUCGUCCUCUCAGCGUCGCUGGCUGCACUGUGACUCCUGUGAGAACGCCUGUGAUAAACCCCUGCUGUACGAGAUCGGCUGGGGGAAGAAACUGGCCUACGUUCUGGGUUUCUCUAAGGACCAGGUGGUUGAUGUGACCUGGAGGUACUCCUGCAAACAUCCAGAGAUUUUGACGAGGAGGACCAGGGUUCAGGAGGCCUGGCUGCUGCACACCAUAAACGGGCUCAAUCAAUCAAGGCAGCAGGCCCUGACUCCGGACAGGAAGAAGGUGCUUACAGAGAGGCUGCUUGUUGAGCUGGUCGAGUUUAUUUCCCCGAAGAAACCAAAAUCAGGAGAGCUCGGGGGGCGUAACUCUGGAUCUCUGGCCUGGAGGCAAGCACGCGGGGAGACCAGAGGGGCUGAUACAGCAACCACCACACAGGCUGCAGGUUUUGUGUUUACUCCCACUGAGAGAGAGAAAAGCGACAGGUUACUGCACGUGCGCUACAAUGCCUCCAAAGACCAGUACUGUCGAGUGUCCAACGACUGUGAGCUCAUUCCGAGCUGGGAGCAGUGCAUGUGGAGGAAGGAGUCUGUGUUCAGAAAGCUGGAGAACGACUGGCAGAUGGUGUACAUAGCUCGAACAGAAGGCUCCUCUCAGGGAAAAAUGAGCUGGAAGUUCGACUUUGCUCCAGCAGGACUGAAGAUAAAGUCGGUCUCCAUCAUGGCCAGUAGCCAGAACUUCCACUCUGGGGAAGUCUGCUGGCACUUGCAGGCGGGCUCGGUUACUACAGAGUUCUCAGGAGACGGGAAGAUGCAGUCGUUCCAGAGUCUCUCCGGCUCCUCAGAGUUCCUUGUUGUAGCUGGACUCAGUGGUGGAGAGGGGGAUGCGUCAUGGCAGCACGCUCAGAUCUUCAGACAAAGCCUGAAGGAGACGGAGGAGUCUUCAUUCGAAAUCCUGGUCCACUUAGAAGAUGCUUAACAAUGUGUGUUACUUAGACAAAGUGGACCCACUUAUUCUUUUUCUCUGUUUCACAAGUUCAGAACGAAAAGGUUUGGAUGAUAGUUUUGUUUGAUGACAAAUCAGUGCAAUAUUUGAACUUGUGUCUGUUCUCCAUGAUGGGUUUAGGGGAUUUUUUUAAAACAUUUUAAAUGCACAAAUAUUGUGUAUUCUGCUCUCACACAAAAAAACCCACUAACUUGUGUAGUGGAGGCAUUGGUUGGCAAGAAAGUUCUGUGCUCUAAAGAUAACACUUUUUGUUAAUGGAGGUAGUAUCUUACGCUAUACUGGCUGCUUCUCGUUUCAAAAUAGGAUCUCAGACUUAAACAAAAAGGAAAAUCUCUGUAGGGAUCCUUUCUGUGAUGUUGUCAGACACUUAAAAUAACAAUCGUAGCCUGUCUGAUGCAAACACUAGGGAUAUCUUUAAGACCAAUUUCAGUUUGAAGCUGCUGAUCAUGUACACACUAAAAGAUAUCAAAGAACAUGCAUGAGCUGAUAGCACAUGAAUGAAGACAUGUAUUUUGUAACUACCACAGAGUGCAGAUCUCUGCCUCACAUUUGUUUGUUUGUCGUUUGACCGAGGGCCAAAAUGAUUUAUGAACCAUGCAGUCUGCGGUAUGUGUAAAAAGGUUCAACCAUAAAGCCAUAGUUUUUGUAAAAAAAAAAAAUGUUUCCUACACUGUGAAUGUGUCUGUUGUUUGUGAUGCAUGGAGAAUUUCCACAUAGCACAACAGGGUUGAUGUCGGCCCAGGUUGCUCUUGUUCUCCUGCCUGUAAUAAAACUAACAUGAUUGGUGAUUGUGUUAUAAAUUCAGAAAGUUAUGCUAGUGUGGGUUU